AUGCCUCCCCUUUACCCUACCACGUUCAGAGUCUAUAACACAAACUCCAUCGUCCUUGCGCCUGUCGAAGUGUCGCUCCCCAGACACUCCGCCUUUGACGACCUUUACGAGUUCUACGACCCGGAACGAACCCCCGUGCCCCAACGCCAUCAACAAAUACCUACCCCCAUCUCGCAGAGACGUCCUCAUUCCACGCAAUCUAGCGGUGCCCGAUCGCUGCGGAGAACCCCAAGGUUACAAGAGCGACGGGCAACUGCACAGUUCCCCCUGCGUGCGAGAAGGUCCCAAGCCCUCUCUGCGACACCGCCAGUCUACUUUGACGAGUCCGGCUCUACCACCCCUAGCUUUUUCCAGCAACUGGUCUCGGACGACUCCUAUCGGCCUCGGAGAACGCUUCAAAUCUCUCGACAUACCCACGACGCUAUCCUCUUUGCCCUGGAAGCCAUCAGGAGAGGUGAUGGUGUUCACGCGCAGCCGUUAACUGCUGAUACACUCGAAGAAGAGGCUCGAAUGUCAGAUUUGAUAAGGGGCACUGCGCCCGGCACCGCUGCUGUAUCAAGUCGAACUCAGAAUGGCGGAGCAACCCGUGCGUCCGCAGCAGCUGGCACUGGUCCAACACCCACCGACCCCCCGCGGUAUCGUACUCCGACGGAUGUCAUGCGAGAGCGCCGGGCACGAGAGGCUCGUAGAGCCGAGGAGGCCGCGGCCAGGCUACGUCAAGAGGAGGAUGCCAGAAGGCUACAAGAAGAACAAGUUGUUGGCGUUGGGGAGGAUAUCACACGACGAACGACUACGAGGCCCGCCGCUCAGCCUCCUCAAACCUACAACAUAGGUGGAGCUGUCCCUCAACCUGCUGGUCCGACGACACGGCGGCAGGAGAACAUACAGCCCACCCACCCGAGCGCCUCUAGGACAACUGGUAGAGCCCCUGAAACUUCAGCGAGAGAACCGAGGGUUUCUGCGUCCACGCAGCGAAAUCGCACUGAAGCCUAUGAACAACUCAGCAUUCCUGCCACUGCAACAGCCAAACCGCCGGAACAGAUACCACGGCCCACCCAACCACCGCAGCCACAAUCUCGAACACAGGCUGUUCCCCCAUUUGGCUCUCAACCUGUUCAACAGCCUGUUGCUCAGCCUUCUACAGCGGCCCGAAGCCGCUUCCCCAAUGCAUUCGAACGCUGGGAAGAUCUUUCUGCUCGAUGGGAAGGCAUUGUAUCAUCUUUCAUCCAUCGCAUGGAAAACAAUGCCGAUGAAUUGGCCGGGAAGCCCCUUGACCGGCAAAUGGCUCGACAGAUCGACGACUUGUCUCGGGCAGGCGCAAACCUGUUUCACGCGGUGGUCGAACUGCAACGCCUUCGAGCGUCGUCCGAGCGCAAGUUCCAGCGCUGGUUCUUCGAAACUCGGCACGAGCACGAACAAGCUCAAGAAAGACAAGCAGAGCUCGAGCGUCAACUGCGGGCUGAGAAAGAAGCUCGAACGCUCAGUUCCACCUCAAUCGAACAGGUACGUGCAGAAAAGACGAGAGCAGAAGAGCUAGUAAAGGAGAUGCGCCGCGAACUACAAAUCAGCAAGGAAGAAGCUCGCCGCGCCUGGGAAGAACUAGGUCGAAGGGAGCAGGAGGAACGUGAAAGAACCAGUGCUUUACGGAGCGGAGAACCCACCCUUAUUGGCGGUGUCCAAGUCGUGCCGAUGCAAGGUCUGCCGAGUAGGCAGACGAGCACAGCGCAACGUCCACAAACUAGAGAUGGGCCAACAGGUGGUGCAGGGCCAACAACCAUGUCUGGCCAGCAACCUCAACAACGUCCUGCCUCUCGUCAAACAACAACAACUUCUCUCGACUCGCCUGGUGAAGAAGGUCGACAGUUCACAUAUCGUCCGGACACUGGCAACUCCUCUACCAUGACCGACCCGUUCACGGAAGCAUCUCGGCAGCGCGAACAACAGGGACAACAACGUCAUGAGCCAGAUACACAAUUCUAUACCAGCUCUCAGCCCACACAGCCUCCAACAAGUGGUGCUGCAAUUGCUGCUGCGCGAGCUGCUGCCAUCGGAGGACAGUCACCUGCGCGCAUGCCUGGUGAAUCGAGGUACUAUCCCGUUGCCACCAGCGAUGCUCAAAUGUCUGGCGCUUUGCCCGCGCCAGUCCGCCAGGGUACUGGAGGGACAGAGCAGUCUUACAUCCCCUCUAACGCAUCAUUGGCGCCAUCCGAGGAAGAAUACCACAUCAAUCCCGAUGGCAGCUACACCCGAGACUCGCAAGGCCGUCGCAUCCCUUAUCGUCAGCCAAUCGGAGCAGGCACCUCAGGUUUGACAGGCGAGAUUAGUGAAGAAGAAGGUGAAAUACCGGAAGAGAUAUCAGAGGACGACGACGACGACGAUCAUGCCGCGGACAUCGAACGUGAGAGAAUGUACGCCGCGCAGUAUCGCCAACCACAGCCAUCACAACAACCGCCUACCACAACCUCAGGACUCCCUCGUACUACAACAACUGCCCUGCCCCCCAUCCCCCAAGGUCGGACAUUGGAUCCAACAUCAUCACCUUAUGAAGGACAAGCCUACGAAACAGAUGUUCCACCCGCGGUAACCCAGGCCAUGACAGGCUGGGAGAGCUUACAGACUCGCAGCCACCACCAUCCGACCAGGCUGAGCGACAUCAUCGAGGAACAGACCGCGAGAACAAGUCCAAGUCGGACAAGCUACGUUAGUGGCUCUGGUGUCUUCCCUGGUGAUCUCGGACCCGGCACUGGAACUGCGGGAACAGGGGCUGGAAAUGGCACGGGAAGUGCUUCUACUAGACGGUGA